CUGUCUGUCUCCAGGACUAUAGUGAUGCCGAUUGCCCAUGAGUUCUCUCCUGACAUGGUGCUGGUCUCAUCUGGUUUCGAUGCCGUCAAGGGACAUCCGGCGCCACUAGGGGGCUACAAAGUGUCGGCCAAGUGUAAGCUCACUAAACGCCUCGUCAGUUCCUCACUGAACCAUACGCAGGGACACACGCAAAUAUACAUUUGAGUGUACGCACACACACACAUACAAAAGGUCAUGGGAUCACACAUUAUUAUUUAUUUUUUACAGUUGACAAGCAUAAUUGAGACUUAAUGGACAUUUUUUUGUAAAUAUGAAUCCUCUCCUAAUAUCUAACAACUUUAUAAUAAUGCUUUAUUUUAUUACAGUACAUUGCCUAUUUAUAGCUAGAGAGUUAGGGGAGUCAAAAAUGUAACAGUGGUAAAAAAAAACUCGCACAAAUUGAGUAGCCUAUGCUACAGUUAGUUUUAAGUAGUGUUAAAUAAUCACAUGUUGGCAGCCAUCUUUGAUUCCUUGGUGUUUUCCCAUGUCAAAGCAAAUCAAAAGGAUUGAUGUAGCAAAGUACUCAAAUGGUUCUCUUUUAUUACUUUUAUUCAAACAAGUGUUAUCACCUGUGGGAAUUUAAAUACCAUUCAUUCAGAUGGUUUAUUUUCAAACCGUUCACUUUUAAAUGUUUACAUCCUAGCUGGCACAAUAACAAUCAAGCUAGCUGUCUUUACUGGUUCACCAUUGGCUCUAGCUCAGCCAAUCCAAACGGCUUGAUUAGAAUAGAUUUGAUUGUGAAGCUAAAUUAAUACCUUACUCUCCCUUCUAUGGAUCUCACAGGUUGAAAUGAACCUGUCCCACAAGUUCUAAACUGUUCUAAGAGCAACCUAUUCCUACCUCAUCCUCACUAUCUUAGGAGUUCUACUACGUUGAUCAGACUGUUCUAUAUUUCACAGGGUUUAUACAGUAGUUUAGUCAGUAUUAGUUCCUGACAAAGAGCAAACAGUGGCAGUCUUGGCAGAUUUGAUGUUUAUGUCUGUGAGCAGGAAGUCGCCCCACUGUGUAUGAUUAUGUCAGAUCGCUGAGUCUACUUUGUAAAAACAAGUUUUGACUUUGUCAUUAUGGGGCAUUGUGUGAAGAUGGGUGAGGAAAAAAAUAUGAUUUUAUCCAUUUUGAAUUCAGGCUGUAACACAACAAAAUGUGGAACAAGUCAAGUUUUGACUUUGUCAUUAUGGGGAAUUGUGUGUAGAUAAGUGAGAAAAAAAACUAUUUUUUCCAUUUUGAAUUCAGGCUUUAACACAAUAAAAUGUAGAAUAAAUCAAGGGGUAUAAAUACAGUGUCUUCAGAAAGUAUUCAUACCCCUUGACUUAUUCCACAUUUUGUUCAAAAUGAAUAGAAAAUUGAUAAAAUCGUUUUUUUCUCACACAAUACCCAAUAAUGACAAAGUGAAAACUUGUUUUUAGAAAUGUUAGCUAAUUUAUUGAAAAUGAAAUAAAGACAUAUCUAAUUAACAUAAAUAUUCACACCCCUGAGUCAAUACAUGUUAGAAUCACCAUUGGCAGCGAUUACAGCUUUGCAUCUUUCUGGAUAAGACCCUUAAGAGCUUUGCACACCUGGAUUGUACCAUUUUUGCCCAUUCUUUUCUAAAUUCUUCAAGCUCUGUCAAAUUGAUUGUUAAUCAUUGCUAGACAGCCAUUUUCAAGUCUUGCCAUAGAUUUUCAAGUAGAUUUAAGUCAAAACUGUAACUAGGCCAAUCAGAAACAUUCACUGUCUUCUUGGUAAGCAACUCCAGUGUAGUUUUGGCCUUGUGUUUUAGGUUAUUGUCCUGCUGAAAGUUGAAUUCAUUUCCCAGUGUAUGGUGGAAAGCAGACUGAAUCAGGUUUUCCUUUAGGAAUUUGCCUGUGCUUAUCUUCAUUCCAUUUAUUUUUUAUCCUGAAAAACUCCCCAGUCGUUAAUGAUUACAAGCAUAUCCAUAACAUGAUGCAGCCACCACUAUGCUUGAAGAUAUGGAGAGUAUCACGUAUCAGGAUAUGACCCAGAUGCAGACACAGGAGGCAGAUAGUACAGUUCUCCGAUUAUUUAUUAUAAACACGGGGCAGGCAAAGGGCAGGUCGAGGACAGGCAGAGGUUCGUCAUCAGGUCAGAGUCAGGCAGGUACAGGACGGCAGGCAGGCUCGGGGUCAGGGCAGGCAGAGGUUCGUCGUCAGAGUCAGGCAGGCACAGGACGGCAGGCACGGGGUCAGAGCAGGCAGAACGGUCAGAACUGGGAAAAACUAGGAAACAGAACUUGAGACACAGGAAGACGGGAAAGAAUGCUGGUAAGACCUGACAAGACAAGAUGAACUGGCAACAGACAAACAGAGAACACAGGUAUAAAUACACUGGGGAUAAUGGGGAAGAUGGGCGACACCUGGAGGGGGGUGGAGACAAGCACAAAGACAGGUGAAACAGAUCAGGGUGUGACAGAGAGUAGUACUUAGUAAUGUGUUGUAUUGGAUUUCUCCCCGAACAUAACACUUUGUAUUCAGGACAAAAAGUGAAUUGCUUUGCCACUUUUUUUGCAGUAUUACUUUAGUGCCUUGUUGCAAACAGGAUGCAUGUUUAGGAUUAUUUUUAUUGUGUACAGGAAUCCUGUUUUUCACUCUGUCAAUUAGGUUAGUAUUGUGGAGUAACUACAAUGUUGUUGAUCCAUCCUCAGUUUUCUCCUAUCAAAGCCCUUAAACUCUGUAACUGUUUUAAAAUCACCAUUGGCUUCAUGGUGAAAUCACUGAGCGGUUUCAUUUAUUUUCCGGCAACGGAGUUAGGAAGGACGCCUGUAUCUUUGUAGUGACUGGGUGAUUUGAUACACCAUCCAAAGAGUAAUUAAUAACUUCACCAUGCUCAAACGGAUAUUCAAUUUCUUAUUUUCUAUUUUUACCCAUCUACCAAUAGGUGCCCUUCUUUGCGAGGCAUUGGAAAACUUCCCUGGUCAUUGUGGUUGAAUCUGUUUUUGAAAUUCACUGCUCAACUGAGGGACCUUACAGAUGAUUGUAUGUGUGGGGUACAUACUGUAGAUGAGCUAGUCAUUCAAAAAUCAUGUUAAACACUAUUGUUGCACACUGAGUCCAUGCAACUUAUUAUAUGACUUGUUAAGCACAUUUUUACACCAGAACUUAUUUAGGCUUGCAUAACAAAGGGGUUGAAUGUUUAUUGACUCAAGACAUUUCAGCUUUUCAUUUUGUAAUAAUUUGCAAAAAUUUCAAAAAACAUAAUUCCACUUUGACAUUAUGGGGUGUUGUGUGUAGGCCAGUGACAUACAAUCUCAAUUCAAUACAUUUUAAAUUCAGGCUGUAACACAACAAAAUGUAGAAAAAGUCAAGGGGUGUGAAUACAGUACUUUCUGAAGGCACUGUACCUUUAAAAACCAGCAAAUUUCAGCAUUACAGCUUUUUCCCUCCGGGUUCUCACACAUCCUGUAUGUGUGCUUGGCAAAAUGGAGAAGAAGGGGCUUUUUGUAUCAACGAUUGUAUCCAUGCAUCUGUGACCUUUGGAAUGUUUUAAUCCUUUUCAUUGUAAUUUGUGAAUUCAAAUAAAGUAUUUAAAUGUAUCUCUCCCUCAGGUUUUGGCUUCCUGACACGUCAGCUGAUGGGGCUGGCUGGGGGCCGGGUUGUCAUGGCACUGGAGGGGGGUCACGACCUCACGGCAAUCUGCGAUGCCUCGGAGGCCUGUGUCAGCGCCCUGCUGGGCACUCAGGUCAGUAGACACAGAUCUAAGACUAGCUUACCCCUCUGUAAAUUCUAACCCUAGCCAUAAGGGGGAAAAACACAAUGCUGACCUUCGAUCAGCAUCUAGGGCAGUGAUGGGUAGUCUUAAGGUGUCCACAUGCUUCCCAGCAGAAACAGUUCAGAAGAGUUUGUGCAUGUAUUAUGACAACAUUUUGUGAUGUUUUUGUUAGUUUUGGACUUCGGUGAGGUUUUUUUGGGCUGUUCGGGUACACCACAUUUUUUCCAAAGUUCAGGAGUCGAAGUGUACGCCCCUUCGUCUGUGAUUGGUCAACUGUAGGGAUUCUUCAAUAGUCUUUGUUGUCAUUCAACGUUUUUAUUUGACUCGUUUUUCAUUGAGAAAUGCUGCACCAAACAUCUUAGUUAGAUGUAAAAUUGCGCCACUAACAUCUCCUCUGCUAAAACAUCAAAUUAAUGACAGAUUUCUUGAGUUAUCUUAGAUUAAUUCUGACUAUUUUGAGGAAGUGGCUACGGCGUCUCAAAAUGGCCAAACAGUACUAUUGCCACUUUUUUCUUGUUUUUCAAGCGAAGGUCUUUUAAGGGAGUAUGCGAGCACACUCUUUUGGUUUGUCUAGCCAACUUCGGCUAGCCGCCAGCCGAACUGAAGCAUGCUGACGCCUUUACCAUGCAGGAGGAUGGAUCAGCUUACCCCUCCCCAAAUCCUAACCAUAACCAUUAGGGAGAACAAAGCAAUACUGACCUUAUAUUAUUGUCUAGGGCAGUGUUGGGUAGUCUUACCCUGUUGUGGGUGCAGCCUUUUGCUCUAUCCAUGCAGUGCCAGCAACACACCUGUUUGCAGGGGAGGCGUAAUGUGUCCUUAGAGUGAUAUAAGGUCUUUCACUUUAGUACAUCACACCCACCGCUUUUGUAUGUGUGUGUGUCUGCAUGUGUGUGUGCGUGUAGCGUGCUAUGUUUGUGCGUUGCAACGUGUGUGCAAGCGUGCGCAAGCGUGUGUGUGUUUGAGUACCUGUCUGUGUGUGAUGUUUUACCCCCCCCCCCCCCCCCCCCCCCUCCUCCUCUGUGUGUCCCCCUCCCCCAGGUGGAGCCCCUGUCUCAAGCGGUUCUGGAGAGGAGACCAAGUCGCAACGCUGUCCUCUCUCUACAGAGAGUCAUACAGGCCCAGGGUAAGCACCUGACACACACUAUCUGUCUCUCCCUAUAUCUCUUUCUUUGUCCGUCCUCUCUUUCUGCCUCACUCUCUCUCUCAUUAUCUCUGUCUUACUGUCUUCAUCACUCUUCCCUCUGCCAAUCUGUCUUUCACUCUACAGCAUCUUCCCUCUCUCUCGUUCUUUUUCUUUAAGCCUUCCCUGUACACCUCUCUUGUUCCAUCCAUUGUAUGUUUUUCCCUUUCCCACGUCUGUUCCAUCUCUACCACUCCAGCCUCGGUCUCUCUAUUUAGUUUAUCCCUUUAUCUGUAGUAUCUCUUCUCUCCAUCUGUCUUGCUGUAAUUUCUCUCUCCGACCACCUCUCUCUCCAUCCCAUCCCUUUCUCCUCCAUUCAUCCCUCCUUCCUUCUCAUUCUUUCCUUCCCUCUCUCACACACACACACACACACACACACACACAUGCACACACACAGAGAGAGCCCUCCACUGCCUUCCUGGCUCCAAUUAUCUUCAAACACUUCUCUGGCACACGACCUUCACAACAUCCCCUCCUGAUUGCGCACAAAUGUUAUCCCAAUCCAAUUAGAUUAAUAAAAAAUAUUUGCAAAGCCACAAGAAUGUUAAGCCCCUUCAUUUAGGCAGAGGGUGAAAUAUAUGUGUGGUGAAUACUGGGAACACACACAUGCGUGCACACACACACACACACACACACACACACACACACACACACACACACACACACUAUGGCCCCCUCUCUCUCUUUUAUACACACGUCACACACACCAAGGCUCUUCAACACACACAUAUUCAAUUCUUUAUUUUCCUUCCGCCAUGUGUCAAGAGACACACGCAUGUCCUAAACGAAAAGAGCUUGAGAAGAUGAGAAGUAUGAACCCAUAUUGAUUUAUGUUCAUGUCAGAAUCACACAUGCAACUCAAAAUAUUGUAUCAAUCAAGAUUGUUCUGAAGAUUGGAUUUAUGGCAUGUGAAUGUGGCAUCAUGUGUGUUUUUGGGAUAUAAUUGUGUGAUUUAAAUGACACUAACGCUGAAUUAAAAUGGCCAUAUUGGUCCUUUAUUCCGCCCACACAACACACACACAUACAAGUAUUAGCUGUAAUAUUGCUUAUUAGAAUACAGUUCACAUAUUUCAAAGACAGAGUAGCUACAGUUUUAAGACAGUGCUCGCCACAGAGGCAACAUGAAACCCACCCCCCAAAAAACGAGUCUCCCUCUCUCUCUCUCUCCCUCUCUCUCUCUCUCCCUCUCUAUCUCUCUCCCUCUCUCUCUCUCUCUCUCCCCUAUCUCUCUCCUCUCUAUCUCUCCCCUCUCUCUCUCCCUCUCUCUCUCUCUCUCUCCCUCUCUCUCUUUCUCUCUCCCCUUCUCUCUCCCUCUAUCUCUCUCCUCUCUAUCUCUCCUGCCCUCUCUAUCUCUCUCUCUCUCCUACCUCUCUCUCUCUCCCUCUCUCUCUCUCCCUCUCUCUCCUCUCUCUCUCCUCUCCUCCCUCUCUCUCUCUCCUCCUCCUCCUCUCCUCUCUCUCUCUCUCUUCUCUCUCUCCCUCUCCUCUCUCCUCUCUAUCUCUCUCCCUCUCCCUCUACUCUCUCCUCUCCCUCUCUCUCUCUCUCUCUCUCCCUCUUCUCUCUCCUCCAUCGCUAUCUCUCGCCCUUUCUAUCUCUCUCCAUCUCUAUCUCUCUCCCUUUCUAUCCAGGUGAGUACUGGCGAUCGUUGAGGGUAGUGUCCCACACAGUGGAUCAGUCCUACCUGCAAGCCCAGGGACAGAGUCUGAGACGGAACUUAGAGGACCACAACGACACAGUGUCCGCCCUGGCCUCUCUCUCCAUGGCCAGCCUCACCACAGACAGGUAACAGUACUAGUGCUGAGCGAUUUGUCCUUUUUGAGGUCGGUUCGUCUUUAGUUUGAUAAUUUCUUUUAAUAGUCACUGUUUGCAAUUUCGUUUCGAUAUUUUUUUUAGACAUUAAAUGCAUUGUGCAUGUGAGCUGAACACAGAAUAAAACAAUAAAAGUCCCGGUAGUGACUGCCCAUUACUGCUUAUAAACCAUUCUUUAUUCAGAUUACUUUAUUUUAAUAAAAUAUUUCAGUUGGGUAAAUUACAUUUGUUUUAUUUGAUGACUUUAUUAUUUCUGUAGCUCAGCUGGUAGAGCACGGCGCUUGUAACGCCAAGGUAGUGGGUUCGAUCCCCGGGACCACCCAUACAAAAAAAAUAUAUAUAAUGUAUGCACGCAUGACUGUAAGUCGCUUUGGAUAAAAGCGUCUGCUAAAUGGCAUAUUAUAUUAUUAUUAUAAGUCAUCUCAUCUCUAUAGAGCUGACAAAAUCACUAUUUUAGUAGUUCUUCAAAGUAAAUAAGGCAUACUUUUAUGACUGUUGAAUACCAACUAUCAGUCACUUAGCUCAUGUGUUUUUAGGUAGAGAUACCUCGUGAAGCAAAUGCUUUCUAUCCCUCUCGAUCACGCAUUCUUCUCUCCGUCUCUGUGUCCCACACAGACCGGACAAGUAGGUGCGCAAUGGAUUAUGGUCAUUGUAGUUAAUUACCACGCUUUCUAAAUUAUGUAGAAUAUUGGUCUCUUAGAAACUAUAACUCCCUACUACAUCACAGUUCGGUUUUGAUCUGAUUUAUCUCUAGAGAAACUGCGCAUCGAGCUCACAAAAAAUUUUAAUAAUAAUGGUGUUUUAAAAACUCUACAUUCUAAAAACAUUAAACAAGACCAGGCCGACCAAAGCACUGACAACAUGUAGUAUCAUCACUGACAUGAAAUUAUAUUAAAAGGAUUGGUUCACUCAAGACGUCCAGACAGACAGGUAACAACACUGACACCCUGUAGUCACAUAUGAUAUCAAUAUGAUAUAAUGAAAUAUUAAGUGAAGUGUUAUGACAUGACAUUAUAGUUAAAGGGAUGGUUCAAUCAAAAUACAAAUGAAGGCUGUUGCCGACCUAAGUGCAUAUUUAGGUUAUUUAGUUACUUUCAGCAGCCUCUGCCUAGCAUUGUCUUUCCUAGACUGAAAGCUAACAGCCUACUGUAGGUAUGUGGAACAUCAUGAGUGAACGACCCCUUUAAAUAUGUAUUCGGUUAAAACAUUGCCUUACUACAUUUCAAAUAUUACGCCCUCAGCUGUCAGCUGCAUUUCACCAUACUGCUUUUGAUUAGUGCUAUUUUCCAACACUAAUCCCUAGGCUUUUGAACCAGAAGAUGAAUCAAUUAGUGUUAUUUUUUCUAUGGAAGAGAGUGUGAGAAACGAAAAUACAUGAAUAUAUCUCAAAGUAUAACAUUCCGUUUGCCCAUUAGCUAAGACACAAAAGAGACACCAUCAUCUCUCUCUCUUUAAAACCCUAUUUAAACAGGUGUUGUCUACAAACAUAUGCAUCACAUAUAUUUGCUUAAAGGCAUCAGUAUUCUCUAGAACUAUUUGCAACAUCUGUAUCCUAUGGAAAUAUACAACAGUAAUGCUGUAAUACUAUAAUAAUACUACAAUAGGCUAUACACCAGAAUGCUAUAGAAAUCCAUUCUCUCCUCUCUCCCUCCUAUUCAGGACACACCGAGAUGAACUCAUGGAGGGGGACAGUGACUCCAUGUAGACAAGUGCACUUUCUGAUAAACCUAUCACAGAGACAAACACACUGUGAUCCACUGGGCGCUGCUUCACUUGACCAGAAUCCACUGCCUCCAGUUGUCACUGUACAGACCACAUCCUGACCUCUAUAGUCCAACUGACUAGUGUACGCCUCACACACUCCUACACCUCAUCAGAACACAGUACUACUGUCCUUACUAAGAUCACUCGCCUGCUUCGACCGCAACUUAACCACACACUGAGAAGACAUCCCAUUAACAGGGUACAGGAGGACCAAGAGAGAGGACAAUGAACACUUGUGUUCUAGACAUGCCACUCCGUGCUUUUCCAGGUGUAUUACUCCACCAUUACCAUAUAACAUUGUGAAUUGUGAGGACACAGAAGGAGAGGAGCACUAGACCUGAGCAGAAACUGGAAGGGUGAAAUAUAUAUCCUUACUCCAAACUGCUUUCAAACACCACUGGGGAGGUUACGACUUGACUUGUAGCAUGAAGUGACUUGACAAAGACCAGCUACACAGCUGGCUGUAAACAGACUCUCUCUGGGGAAGAGGACUACUUUUUUUUGCCUUGGCCACAGGUUACUGCCUGCAUCGCCAGGCCGACAGAGCCGAAUCACAAAGGGAAGUAGGAAGUUGUCCCACAUCUCCACAGGAAGUCACUAUAAAGGAGAACAGACAUUGGACACACACCAAGGAACACCUAAAAAGCGUCUCGUUCUGAUGAUGUCAUUCGUAUUUAUACAUCGCCAACAAAAUGAAGAAAAGGAGAGAGGAGACUGAGAAUUUUUUACUGACUUUUUUUGCACAGUGCAUUUUGUAAUGUGAACCAAGGAGAGAAUGACAGUAUAGACCACGUUGAAGCUCUCCUGGGAUUGAAGAUAAAACAUGUAAAUUAUCAUACUCGUGUUUUUAAGCUGAUUGAAUUAUUGUUAAUUUGAUCUAUUGUAUUGCAAAUGUCAGUACAUAAUGGUAAUAUUUUUUUAAUCAUCACAUAGCAAAGAGCUAGAACCCUAUGAUUCAUGUGCACAGCUAGGGCUCUACCUGUGCAGAGCAUAUGCCCCUUUUCCCUUCCAGUUUCCAAAGUGGCCUUUUGGGUGGUGGUAUAAUUCCCCCCCCCCCAAAAAAAAUAAUAUAUUUUUUUAAUACAUAUUUUUGUCAUUGUGGUUCAGAACCCACUUCCUGCAAGUGGUCGUGACGUCGUCAAGUUUGCCACCCCACACCCCAUCCGUUGGUUGCGCCUGUUAAUCUGACCUGUACGGAGCUCACGCGCCCGGUUGUACCAGUUUCCCAGUCUGCCAUGUACAGAGAUUUAACAGUACUACUGGCCUUACUAUGAUAACAUUUUCACUACAGAGGCAUUUGGUAUGUUAGGAAUUUCGAGAUAUGAAUUAUUAGUAUUUUCUUUGGUGGGGGGGUGUGCCAUUUUUUUUUUAGCCCCCUGAAAGGUCUGUGCAUGGCCCUGAUAGGAUUUAUAGUUGUUUUCCUUCCAAAGGACAAAAAACAUGCAUAAGUGGGGGUAAGACUUUGUUAACACUCCCUUUCAGACAGCACUUAAGUAAAAGAUGAAGCCCAAAAAGUCUUAUUUUUAUCUGAAGUUGUGGGCAUCCUCACAUUCUUUAUCAUUCUAGUGAUAAAAGUUCUUAGGAAUUAAUCAUAUGAUCAGUGAGACAAUUCAAUCAGGAAACCACUUGUUUGGUGAGAAAAGACACAGACAGUCGGAUCAAACUUUCCAAAGCUGUUUCAGCCAAUGACACACACCGCCAUACUGUACAGAGAAGUCCUACUCUAUGCUUGACCACACAAAAAAAAUUUUUUUAUGCAUGUCAAAUCAAAAUGAAAUAAAAAUGUAUUGGUCGCAUACACAGAUUUGC